AUGUCUGAUGAAGAGUUUGAUGAAAAAGUUGAUGAGGUGGGCAAAAGCGUUGAUAAGGCGUUAUUGGUGAAAUUAGUGAAUAAAUAUGCAGUUGUGUUAGACAAAUCUAAAUUACCUUCUGUGAUGGAAUCGAAAACUAAAGCCUUAACUUUAUUGACUGGAGAAUUUUGUAAAGUUACAGGAAAGAAAGAAGAAAAUCCUGUAUUCAGCAAAGUGCCCGGUGCCUUGUUGGUUGGUGUAAAGAGAAAAUCGGAAAUGGAAGCAGAAAAGAGCCAAAGUAAUAAUCCUACAACUCACACUGACUGUAAAUUGGAAAGUACAGCUUCAAAAGAUAAAGUUAAAAUUCAAAAAACAAAGGAUAUACUCAACAGUGUCGGUCUCCAUCAAAGGAAGCCGGUGAAAGCCGGUAGUGGGGACGAGCCAACCGUUGUCUUCACGCGGCACGCACGUGGUUCAGUUGUGGCUGAGACAGCGCAGUAUUUAGUCAUGGAGUGGACCAACGCGAAAGUGUGUGAACUUAUUGAGCUUUACCGUGAUCGUCCUGUUCUGUGGGACUGUCGUUUGAAAGAGUACAAAGACAGAAAUAAGAAACAAGAUGCUCUACAAGAAAUCGCAUGUACUUUUGGUGUUGAUCAACAAGUUGUAGAAAAGAAAAUUAAGAACCUAGUGUGUCAUUUUUUACGUGAAAUAAAGAGGGAGAGAGACUCAAGCAAGUCUGGUGCGGGAAAUUCUGAUAUGUACAAGAGUAAAUGGUUCUGCUUCAACAACAUGCUGUUUCUCAAGGAUAGAAAUACACCUAAAGAAACGACGGACACAAUCAAGCAGGGUAUCAACAACAAAAGACUGAAAGUUCGACGAAAUCCUGUACAAAGAGCCGCCUCGCGGCUAUACCAGGUAAAGGACGAGACUCAAAACGGCAGGACUAAAGAGUGCGUGGGCCCCGAAUUCGUCGUUAGAGCCUCUUUGCCCAGCAAGCAACUGUUAAUGUCAGAUGUGAAAGUAAACAACGGCAAAAUCGUUACGGUAAUUAUGCUUGAUGGACAAAAAUUGGACGUACUCUGUAAUUCAAGUUGUACGGCUGGACAAUUGUUCGAGCAAAUAAUCCAAAAAGAGCACAUAGAAGAAAACUUUAUGUUUGGUCUCUCCGCUCUUAUAUCCGGCGAUUUCGUUUUCCUGCCGUCGGAUACCAGAAUUUCUAAAGUAUUCCAAGAAGAAACACAACAGGGUACUACCGUUACGUUAUUUCUUAGAGUGAGAUUUUUCUUGCCGACCCUCCGCGGUUUUAGAGGAAACGAAGCUAAGCAUCUACUCUAUUUGCAGUUGAGAAGGUCCAUUAUAGAACACCAGCUACCUUGUUCGUUUAAGCAAAUCGUCGAACUCAACGGAUUGGCUUUGCAAGCAGAAUUUGGCAAUUACAAUGCAAAAAGUCAAGAUAUUUCUGAAAUCAAAUCUUUUAAUAGCAUAAAUCGAAUACUAGAUUUGUCGGCGGAUUUGGAAGCGACAUAUGCGGACUUUAAGGAUGCGGCGGUAUCUCAAACUGUAGACUUUCAACAUAAGGAUUCAGGCUGGUCGUUACUGGAAGUACUAUUUUUAGAAGUAAAUAUAAAUAAGUACUCUCCAUUAGGCGGCUGCUCGCACAUAAAGCUACCCAAGUUUAUUGAAACCAAGAAGGGCGUAGUUAAUGUGCAAAAUAAUGAUGCGUACUGCUUUGCUUGGGCCAUCACAUCGGCACUAUAUCCAGCGAGAGAGCAUGUUAGCGAAACGUCGUCGUAUCCACACUUCGAGAACGUGCUGAAUGUUGAGGGUAUUGAAUUUCCCAUGAAGCUUAAAGACAUUUCAAAAUUUGAAGACCUAAAUGAUAUAAGUGUUAAUGUUUAUGGUUUGGAACGUAGUUAUAAAAACGGUAAGGCGAAAUUUGAAAUAGUAGGCCCAUUACGAUAUUCCCGUAGAAGGUUAGGUCAUCAUAUAAAUUUACUACUAAUAACGGCUGAUUCGGGUAAUAGUCACUACUGUUGGAUUAAAAGUCUUUCCAGAUUAGUGUCGAGUCAAAUAACUAGAAAUGGUCAUAAAAAUGUUUUUUGUGAUGGCUGUUUACUUUAUUUUCGAUCUGAAAGCAUCCUAUUGCGGCACCAAUUGAGCGACUGUAAUCAUAUAUAUACCUGCACGCCAUCAGUAGAGCUAAAAAAAGACAAACGCGGUUAUUAUGUACCUGAAAAUAUACUCAAGUUUCAAAAUUAUGAUAAGCAGCUAAGGGUUCCAUUUGUAAUUUAUGCCGAUUUCGAAUCGAUCUUAAAACCUAUAGAUAUUUGCGAACCAGAUCCGGAAAAAAAAUUUACUAUCCCUACAUACCGACAUGAGCCAUAUUCUUUUGCAUAUUUAAUUAAAUGUUCAUUUGAUAAUUCAUUGACGAAAUUUGUAACUUUUACUGGUGACAAUGCCGGUAGCGAUUUCGUGAAACGGCUAGAAGACGAUGUUCUAACUAUUUAUAAUACGUAUUUAAAAGAUGUUGUUCCUUUGCACCAGUUAUCUAAUGAUGAAAUAGAUGAUUUUAAUACAUCGAGUAUAUGCUCUAUUUGCGAUGAGGCCUUUCAGGAUGGUGAUGUUAAAGUAAGAGAUCAUUGCCAUAUUACCGGUAAGAAAACACCUGGCGCCGCACACAGUAAUUGUAAUUUAAAUUAUAAAAUCCCGCAAUUUGUUCCAAUAUUUUUUCAUAAUUUGAGUGGGUACGAUAGUCAUUUAUUUAUUAAAGAAUUGUAUGGUGAAGGCGAGAGAGCCGAAGUUAUUGCUCAAAAUAAAGAAAAAUAUAUUUCGUUUACUAAACCGUUGUACACCCAUAGCUAUGUAGAUAGAGACGGUAUGAUGAGAAAAAAUUACAUAAAACUUAGAUUUUUAGAUAGUUACAGAUUUUUAGCUGAUUCCUUGGUUGGGUUGUCAGAAAAUUUACCAUCAGAAUUUUUCGUAGAAACAAGGAAAUGUUUUGCAGAAAAAGAAAAAUUCGAUUUAAUGAGGCAGAAAGGGAUGUUUCCAUAUAAUUUCAUGGAUAAUAUAAUGAAAUUAGAUCACCCCAAUUUACCUUCAAAACAGGAUUUUUAUGACAAGCUAAAUGAUCGCCAUAUAUCCGAUGAGGAUUAUGCGAGGGCUCAGAAAGUUUGGAAUAUGUUUUUAAUGUUAUGCGAUAUAUUUGAAAAUUUUAGGGAUGUAUCACUUAGGGCAUAUAAACUAGAUCCAGCGCAAUAUUAUACAUCUCCAGGUUUGUCAUGGGAUGCGAUGUUGCGCUACACCAGGGUAGAGUUGGAAUUGCUAACGGAUAUAGAUAUGAUUAAUUUCUUCAAAAAUAGUAUACGUGGCGGUAUCAGCCAAUGUGUGGAAAGAAAACAUAUUGCCAAUAAUCCAUUUUUAUCCGAAUAUAAUCCUUUCGAGCCAAAGUCUUCUAUACAUUAUAUUGAUGCGACAAAUCUCUAUGGGUAUAGCAUGAGUCAGCCCCUACCGACAGGAGAAUUUGCUUGGUUAUCGACUGAGGAAAUUAAUCAGCUCGACGUUAUGUCAGUUGAUGAUCUCGGGGAAUAUGGUUAUGUAUUAGAAGUUGAUGUAACAUAUCCGCAUCACCUCCAUGAUAAACAUGCCGAUUUACCAUUUUUAGUGGAGAAUAUAAUUCCACCCCAUUCAAAAACAGAAAUACCCAAACUGGUUCCCAAUUUGAAUCAUAAAGACAAAUACAUAUUACACUAUAGAAACUUUAAGCAAGCCAUAAAUAAUGGGCUAAUUGUAACUAAAAUUCAUCGAGCUCUCAAAUUUAAGCAAUCUCGCUGGCUGAAAAAAUAUAUAGAUCUCAAUACAAAUAUGAGAAACAGCGCUAAGGACACAUCAGAGAAAAAUCAUUUUAAGCGUAUGGUUAAUAGCGUGCACGGGAAAACUAUGGAAAAUGUGGAUGACAGAUGUGAUAUUUACCUUAAAACUCACUGGGCUAGUAAGAGAAAUUCCCCGGGGGCAAACAACUUAAUCGCUAGACCAAAUUUUAAGUCUUGUUCCAUAUUUUCACAACACUUUGUGGCUAUACAUAUGGGUAGAACUAAAAUAUGUUAUAACAAACCGCUGUACGUAGGUUUCACAGUGUUGGAAUUGUCAAAAGUAAGGAUGUAUGAUUUCUAUUACGGCACAUUAAAACAACAAUUAGGUGAUAAAAUUUCCUUACUUUAUACAGAUACCGAUAGUUUUGUGCUAAAAGUUAAUUCAAUAAAUUUUUAUGAAUUUAUGGAAAGAAAUAUUGAACAUUUCGACACAUCUAAUUAUAAAUCUGAUAAUAAAUUUAACUUACCAGUAACUAAACCAAUAUUGGGAAAUUUCAAAGAUGAGUAUCCAAAUCAGGCUAUCAGUAUAUUUUUAGGGACAGGCGCCAAGGCCUAUUAUAUUAGAUCAGAUGAGAAAGAAACCAAAACCGCUAAGGGCGUAAAAAAAUGCGUAAUACAAAACAGCUUAAACAUGACGGACUACCAAAAAAUUGUAGAAGGUGGGGGUAAGAUAUUUAGAAAAAUGAAUACAUUCAGGAGUAAGUUACACGAUAUAUAUACUGAAAUGAAAAAUAAAGUUGCAUUAUCUUACAACGAUGAGAAAAGGUUUAUAAUACCAAAUACCAUGAUGAAAGACAAUAACCACAAGGACAUAUGGCUGUAUAUAAGUGCCCAAGGCAUACAUUUGUACGACAGAGGCAAACUUACCAGUCAAUUCGGGCCGAAUGUAUACGAAAAAUUCGAAUGGAGACAUAUUCAAACUUUAUGUUACAGCAAACAAUAUUUGUGUAUUCUUCCGCAUAGUGGUUUCCAAUCCAAAACGAAAUUGAAAAAAUACAAAUUGAAAAUGGAUCAAAAGAAGAGUUACUUUACCUUUCGGCUCGCCUCCCUCCAUCACCAGUUUUUUCUACGUUUCCGGACGGAAUAUAUCUCUCCCCAAACCUUGUCCCAACAAUUCGGAAUUCCUUUGAAAGAUAUAAAAAAUGAAACGAAUUCAAUGUACAAAUUAGAUUCGUUAAUGAGCACGAAUUUAAACACCAUGAACAUAAAUGGUACCGUGAACGCGGAAACUGAAUUUAAAAUAGAAUUCAGAACUUCAUCUAGAUUGAGUAGACAAUACGAGUACGAAAAUAACCUGAAAAAAGCGAAAAGUAUCGGCGAUUUUAACGAGACCGUAAACGAAACGGAUCAAAACAAAGAGAACGAAUGUUCCGGACCGAGAUAUAAUUACGGAUUGGUUCUGGAGAGCAAACAUCUUUCUGGACUCAAUGUAAAUAAUCCGGCGGAUAAACGUAGGGGAGUUAAAAUGGGAACUAGGGCUUUCGUGAAUAAUAAUUGCAAAACUGGUCUGUCGAGGUCAAUGGAGGCGGUGAAUGCGAUUAAAAAAUUGAACAAUCUGUCCGUUGUCGAAGAGCGAAUACUCAUCAACGUUACAAUCGCUAGAGACGAAAAAGGCAGCUUCGGUCUUCAAAUAACAGAAGGUUCUGACGGCCACGUUUACAUACAAUCGGUAAUUGACAACGGACCUGCGUAUCUCACGAGAAAUUUCAUCAGAGGCGAUCAAGUGAUCGCCGUAAACGGGAAAUCUUUGCUGGAGUUGAAGUAUAAUCAAGCGUUAAACGUUCUAAAGAAUUCCGGCAAUGAAGUUGAAUUUUUAUUAGCCCGAUUAACUCCGAACAGUAAAUGCCGGCUGAAUGUAAAAGAGAUCAAAAAUAAAAGUAAUUGCGACAGUCCUGUAGAAAAGCAUAUAACCGAAAACUGUAGAGAUAUUUCCAACGUUAACAAAUAUGGAAUCGCGGAAGUGCCGUAUCAUAAACAUAUUAGAUAUGAAAUUGAAACCGGUGUAUCGAAUAAGAAAUAUCCAUUUAAUCGGACUCUAUCGAAAUCUUGCACUCAUUUAGAUUCGAAUAAUAGAGAUAAAGCUGUAGUGGUCGAACUGAUUCCUAAAGAAAAUGUAGACUUGAAACUUUUAGAAGACACGGACGAACAAAAACUACCUAUCGCGGUUCCCCGCAGCUUGGGACUCAGUAGACGUUGGAGGGGACCAGUCAAGUAUCCGGUAACACCAAUUAAAAAAAUUAAUACGCAGUUAUGUGAUAGUACAUUCUUAUCUACAUCUGAUGAAGAACAAAUUUUUAUAUAA